CAUUCAAGAUGGCGGCCAAUAUUGUUUGAAACGCUUAGAAAGGUGAUUUUGAAUAACACGUCUGUUUCUCAAUGAAAGCGUUAAGUAGAAGACAAAGCUUAUUCAGAUGAACUAAAGAGCUUCUUUACGUACCCAGAAGAUAAAAUGUCAUUUGAUAACAGUGCUUACGCCUCCAGAGGUCGUUUCAAGCGAACGAAAUUCACUCCUUCAUCGGUAGACGAGUCAUUAUUUGGUGAGCUCAGAAAAACACGAGAACCUGAUCCGAUCCCAGAGUUCGAGCCACCUUGGGUUGAUACUGGGAAAACUAAACUUAAAUCUCCUCCCAAGCCGUUGUUAUUCUACUGUCCAACGACUAGUUCUCCGUUCUCUUCUCGUCCAUCUUCAUCAGCUUCUUCUCGUCCAAGUUCCAGAUGUACGUCGUCACGAUCGUCGGAUAGAAAAUAUAAACCUGUAAAAUUCUCCCCUACUGUGGUAGACAAUACGUUGUUUGGGGAGAAGAAAAAAGACCAGUUACACAGCUUACAAACAGAGAAGUUUUUCACCUCAAUGGCAAAGAAGGAACUGAGUUUUGAUGGUGAAGUAUGUAAUAGUUAUCGACCUCAAAGUUCGAUUUGUUCUUCUCGACCUCAAAGCUCGCAAACACCUGUGAAAGCCAAGCCCUCACCACCUCCUUGGAGAUGAUGUAGCUCUUUAUUUCAUAUUGUUUAAUCCUUUGAAGGAUUUGAAAAAAUCAUCACUUAUCACAAUAGGCCCGAGUACGGGCAGUUCAACUGCGAAUCGAAAUCUGCUGCUAAAGACGAUCUGGAAAAAAUUCAAGGUUGUUGGGUCGUAAGGCUUUCUCAAGGUUUUAAAGAGACGACUUUUUUAUGAAGAGCGGUACUUGAUCAUUGUUUGCAUAAUGGAGAACCUUAGGCACACUAGUUUCAGGAAACAUUUUGGAGCUUUGGAGUGUGACGUCAUCGAAUAAACAUUAAUCUUCAAUUUUGAAAUACCACUGAUAAUAUUUUUAAGAAAACAUAUAAUAAAUUGUCAAUAUUUUUGUAUUAAUUAGCUGUAGAAAUACCGAGUGUAAGCUCCGAAAAUUUCCCAAACAUUUACUUUUAUUUUUCUGCUGUUCCCAAUCACGUUAGAACCAACACCAAGAGAAAAUGUAUGGGGAUAUUUUUGGUUUAGAUUAAGUUACCUUUCUCCCGGUUAUUUCUUGCUCUAUUAUUAUAAGGAUACAACUAUCUUGAACCCAGUAAUUUAUCUCUUUAGUUGUUCUGCGUAAUGUAUAGUAUCUAUUGAAUUAGGAUGUUCUGGACAAUUUAAACAAAUAUAUAUAUGUAUGUGACAAAGCUUUUAUUAUGGUGUAAACCACACAAUAUAGAUUAUAUUAUAAUACAUGUUGUCAUUUCUAUAGCUAUUUUACAAAAUAUAAGUACAAUUACGUACAGCUUAAGACUGAUGCAUUAUGAUUCUCAUCAAUAAUGAGAGUAAAUGUCAAUAAAACUAUGAAAUAUUC